UCCAUCUUCCAUGGAGCCUGGGCAGCGGUUCGACUUUGCCAAGGCCAACGUGGAGCUGGUUGCAGAGAAAAAGAAGCAGCUGAUCCCUUUCCAAGACCCCCACGAGUACAUGCGUGAGUACUACAGCAGGCUCCAUCCGCAUCCCAAUGAGGAAGAGGAGGAGACGGAGCUGAUGAGAUCUAUCAAGGAGGAGAUGGCAAUGGAGGGGAGAAUCUAUGCUGACUACCGCGGUAGCAAGAAGGGCGCAUUCAUGAACUCUAGAUUCGAAACCAAGAGUAAGCAACCUGCAAGCACUACUGAUCAGUACUCACACAGCUCAAUUCCUUUCUUUCUUCCUUUGAUUUGCAUGCUUGAUUUGCUUGCUGCAGCCACGUUGAGCCCCAUGCACUUCUCGCCCAACUAGUCACACGAGAUGUAUGUUUCCUUUCUUCGAUCUUUUCUGAGGUGUGCUUCCGCUUGUGGACUAUACAUGAUAUACCUUGUUUUACCACUACUGUUGGGUUGCUUGUGCAACGUACUGUUUGUGUAUGGAUCAGAUAUUUAGCAAUGUGUGUAUCAGAAAUCGACUAUGAUAAGGUACUGAUGUUGCGUUAAGUAUUUCUCUUUUGAUUGUAUUCAGCAGCCGUACUAAUCAUACAUUCACUCUUAUGUAACAAAUUACCCCAGCUGAUGGGUACAUAUUAUGAUUGAUCUUGAGGGAAAUGCUCUGCUUACUGCUGAAAUCCUUAUGUGCGACUAGCUCGUAGGCCACCAGAAAAGAAGAUGUCAAUCUUCAGUUGUUGUACAGUCUAUGCAGGCAUGUCAACUUGUUCCAAGUUAACAUGGUCUAUACAUCCUGGAAUUAUGUAACACGUGCAUGCCUUUGUUCCAGGCCGAUUAAAUUGCUUGCUUAGUGCGGGGAAUUAAAAAAAGGUUCAGACUUAAUUGGUGGCAUUCAGAAAAUUAAUCAAAUUGGAACCCCUAACAAACACAAGAAACGAGCCCCUCCAGCAAUGGCGCCGGAGCAGCACUGCUAGUCGGCGUAGAGCUAGCGUGGAGGAGAGCUUCCUUGGCUGGGCUGCUGAUUAGUUCCCGGACAUGCAUGCAUCUCCGUCUCCUCCUCCUCCUCCUCGAUCUCGAUCUUGGAUCGGAAGCCUUAAAUAAAACUUGGUAACUUACGAAAGAGUGCCUCUUAUCUCAAUCCAACCAUAAAUUUCCCUCAGGGGGAUCCAUGAAAGACAAAAAUCUCAGACCACAUCUCUGCCUCACUUCGAUCAGCUUUGCCACAACUUGUCCGAUCGAAUUCAAACCGAGAUCGGAUUCGACGACUGCUGCCAGUUAAUCGUCUUGUUCCAAUUAAGGCCAAGCUAGGCCAAGUCGACAUUAUGAAGAAGGCCUACAAGAGGGAGAUGGCUGCCAACAAAAAGCUGCAGCUGAUCCCUUUCCAAGACCGCCAUGAGUACAUGCGUGACUAGUACAGCAUGCUUCGUGCCGAUGAGGAGCUGACGAGAUCUGUCGAGAAGGAGAUGGCAAUGGAGGAGAAACGCUAUGCUCGCUACCUUAGGGGCAGGAAGACUGCAUUACUUACCUGUAGCUUGGAAACCAACACCACAUUGAGCCCCAUGUACUUCACGCACUGCACGCCUGGAAAGAAAAUGGAAGACGAGCUUGCUGCUACCACCGGGGCCAGCUUGCAGGUCUUCUCCUUCAAGAUCGCCGAGAUCAAAGCCGGCUUGCAGUGGCCACUCUAUGUCUACGGCGUGGUCGCUGCCCGGGACAAAGUCGAUUACAACCGCAACCUUCUCUUCAAUCGAACCAGGGAUGACGCCCAACUAGUCACACUAGAUGAUCCUUUUCUGCGCUUGAUUGGCCCAGCUCGGGGGAUUUUGCCGGACCCUGAUUUUGAAGUCGAACUAAGGGUUAAGGGCAGAACAAAGUAUCGCGACAGAGCGUUGAUCAACGACAGGCACCCUUACAUCGGGUCCUUUCACUAUGAUGGUCUCUACACUGUUCCGUUUUGGAACUGCCUUUGCCGAUGCGAGCUAAGCACGGAGCUACUUGGCAAGUCAGUUCAGGCCACUAUCUUGGGUGUCCGCAUCGUUAAGGGCACAUUCAGAUACGGGGGCCGAGUUGCUUUCUCAUCGCCGUCUCAUCAAGUUGCGAUCGUGGAUAGUCAGGGCGCUAUUCAGGAGGUUAUUGAUCCCAUGUCCACGAUGGUUGUGUUGCUCGAUUCUCAUUACUGCCAUGGUGGAGAAAUGCCAAUGAGCAGUGAUGAUUACCUUGAUCUAACAAGGCGUGUUGUUUCCGUGGAAUUGCGGGAAAGCCAUUUCCUUUAUCCAGAAAAGUUGGAAGAGACUUUCAAAGUUGUCAUACAAGUAUACUCAAAGUGUGGUGAUAUUACUGCGCAAGGUCACGUCAAGGCGGUCAAGCUCACCCCCAAGCUGAGCAACAUAAGCCAAACCGUAUGUUAUCUUGGCGACUCCGUGGUGGAGAUUAUUGUUGCUUGGUCGGUCCACGUUGAAGAGAAGGUUUUUCUUUGAGGAGGCCUGUUUUGAUCUUAAUUAUUUGUGUUAUGUUGCGUGAAAUAUUUCUGUUUUGAUUUAUGCAAAUGUCUGAAUCUUGGUCAAUAUAUGCCAUGUUUCCUUCUUUUAUCUUUAUAAAUAAAACCCAGCUGGUACGAUCGAUGUGCUGGGAAAUGUUGACAUCAAUAUUCAGUGGCCUCAUGGAACAUCUCUAGUAGAGAAUGACAGUAACACUAAAAAUGCAAAAGAUUGAUCUUCAUAUUGAAAAUUCCAAUCUGCCAUGAAAGAAACGAGUCAGAAACAGUGAAAAUGAUCCUACAUAUUACUUGUGUGCUGUCGUUUGAUUUGCACACAACCGCCUUGGCAAAUUUCAUCAAUAGACAGCACAACACAACUGAGAUCUGAUAAAUGAAUUUCCCAAAAUUUGAUCGAUAAACAG